AUGUACAGUCAAGGCAAGAAGGCGAGGACCAUUGACCAAGCCAAGUCGGCGCUUGACGCGUCAACCCGCCGCUACAUUGUUGGACUUCAAAAAUACAACAAGCAGAAUAACAUCGAUGAGGAGAAGAAAGCUCACCCGCUCACGGUGCUCGAAUUGUCCACGCUUCUCAACGCGCUGUCAAGCUUUCAUCCAUUUGUUGGCACUAUGGUGCGUCUGGCGUUGGUUGUUGGCUUCAUUGGAUGCUUUCGGAUCAGUCAGUACCUGUCAGUUCGACUACGAUGGCACAAGAAGGCCAACAUUGAAGAGGACAGCCAAGUCUAUCACUUGGUUGACGACACGACGUUUCCCUGUCUGCGUGUUUGCGCAUUCCACGACGACUACAUCUCCAAGUUGCGUGAGUGCUGUGUCAAUGUCCCAAAGAACUCAUACGUUUUCCCCAACUUUGUCAUGCUCCAUGGUGGCGUACCUCGAGUGGACUGGUGUCGUGCCUUGGAGCAGACCACUCUGCGCAACUUGAUCCGAGAACCUGCGUCGGGGUGGUUCGUUCUACCGAGUGUUCGAGUCCCGGGAGCGACACUUCAACUUUCGCGAGCUUAUGGCUUGGUGCCGUUGAGCCGAUGCGAAAACGUGCUGCGAGUGGCGUUAUUGGGUGGUGUACCUUGUACGGUGGACGAGCUUGCUCAAACGUUGGCCAAAAGUGUCCAAGCUUUCGCGUCUGUCGCCGUGCCUGCCCCCAAGGCGUGGCAGCAAUGGUUUGUGGCGGACCCCGGAAACGGCCUGACCUGUGCGCUGAAGGACUACAGCAAAGAGAUGAUUCAGUUUGACCGCAAGAAGUACUCUGAACGGCAUACAUUGGCGAUGGCUUUCAUCAAGUACCAAUCAUUUGACCAAUUCGAAGCGUCGUACACGGGCUUUACCAAUUCGUACGCGCGAAUUCUCAAGGAGUGCUACUUGUACUUUAGCCUUACUCAUCAGCACGAAGUUCCAAUUGCCAGAGCAUAA